AUGCCACCCAAACGGAAGAGGUCGGCUCUGGCAGCUGCAUCUCCAGCAGCGACUGAGAGCGCGACCAGCUCCAAGGUUCCGCACACCGCGGUACCUUUGCCCGCCAAUGUUGCAGGCGAUGAGCCAAACCCAACGCGUCGCCAGUCGUCCCGUGGGGGCAAAAGUAUGAUCACGAACCCCAACACAAAUCCUGAUGUACUUGAUGGUGUUUCCGCUUUACGUGCCUCGCCAGAUGGACACGAGGAAGGUGCGCCAGAGUCUCAUUUGGCUCCCGAUAUGAGCAACGGCACAGUCAAUGGAGCGUUGAAAGAUAGUUCCAGGGGCACGAAGCUCGUCAACGUUGGAGGUAGUGAGGUCCCUCCUGCGACUGAUGCGCCUACUGGCAAGGGCAAGCAAAAGAAGGCAGCGCCACAAGUCAAGACUGAACCCGAAGAGAGCCAUGACGUUGCGAAGAUCCCACCCACUAAGAACAACGACACGAAUGGUGAUCCUGAAGACGUGGACGGGCUGGAGGAGGAAGACGAAGGGGAAGUGAAGGAAGCCCUGUCAAGGCCCCCACCGGUCAAUUCCGAAUAUCUUCCCCUGCCUUGGAAGGGGCGAUUGGGAUAUCCCGAACAUGCUACGAAGAACCGCCCAGACAAAGAGCAACCUGCAGAUGUCGCUAGGGGCAUGCGAUAUGUUGAAGAAAUAGGCCUGGCGAACGCGCGUGAUAUCGCGAAAAUGAUACGUUGGAACGACAAAUACGGCAUUAAGUUCCUGCGUCUCAGCAGCGAAAUGUUCCCGUUCGCAAGCCACGAAGAGUAUGGCUACAAACUCGAACCGUUCGCGGGCGAGACCCUCCGCGACGUGGGCAAAGUGGUCGCGGAGCUGGGACACAGAGUCACUACUCACCCAGGCCAGUUCACGCAGUUGGGUUCGCCACGUAAGCAGGUCAUUGAUAAUGCUAUGCGCGAUCUCGCAUAUCACGAUGAGCUGCUGUCACUCCUCAAGCUGCCUGAACAGCAGAACCGAGAUGCUGUCAUGAUACUGCAUCUUGGGGGCGCAUACGGAGACAAGCCAGCUGCGAUUGAGCGUUUCAAAGAAAACUAUGCAAAACUGCCACAGAGUGUGAAGAACCGUCUUGUGCUAGAGAACGACGAUGUCGUCUGGUCGGUGCAUGAGCUUCUGCCCCUGUGUCAGGAGCUGAACAUCCCCAUGGUGCUUGAUUACCACCACCACAACAUCAUAUUCGAUGCGACACAGCUUCGAGAGGGCACGAAGGAUAUCAUGGAUCUGUAUCCCGCGAUCCUCGAGACGUGGACUAAGAAGGGCAUCACACCUAAGAUGCACUACUCUGAAUCACGUCCUGAAGCAAUUACUCGCACCACGAGGAGAAAGCAUUCUCCUCGUGUAAUGACGUUUCCACCAUGUCCAGAUACUAUGGACCUGAUGAUUGAGGCAAAGGACAAGGAGCAAGCAGUUUUUGAGUUGAUGCGGACGUUCAAGCUGCCAGGCUUUCACACCUUCAGCGACAUCUUGCCUCAUCAACGGCAAGACGAAAAUAAACCAUGGAAGCCCAAGCCCAAGAAGGCAGCCAAAAAGGGCAAGAAGAAGACAGAAGACAUUGAUGAUCUUGACGCAAAGAUAGAAGAUGCCGAGGAAGAUGUCCCUCCACCGAUUGUACCUGACGAAGAGUUAGGUAUGGGAGGGCCCGAGGGUCGAGUGUACUGGCCUCCUGGAAUGGAGGACUGGCUGAGACCCCCAAAACGGAUCAUCAAGCAGAAGGAGGAGAGUGCCGCUACACCCGCAAAGAAGAAGCGUAAGACUGCCCCAUCCGCCGCCGACGAGGGGGCUGCAGUCACGAGUGAGCCAGCUGUUUUGGACAAAGUCAGAACACCAGCCAAGAAGCCAGUGCCUAAGCGGGCAGUCAGCUCAACGAAGAAGAAAACGCCGAAGUCUGUCCCCACGCCGUCGCCUUCGGACGAUGAAGAACAUCUCAGCUCUCCACCGCUUAGUGAUCUAGGCACGGAGGAUGAGACUCCAGCGGUGCAGAAGCGAGCUGCACGACCUGCUGCAUCACGCAAGAAGUCUGGCAGGGCUGCGACAAGGGCCAAGAACUACAAGGAGGAAGAUGCGGACGAGAUGAGCUUGUAG